GAGCGCGGGCUGCGGAGAGGCGGGUCGGGCGGAGCAGAGCAAACGCGAGUGCGGCCCCCGAGCGGCGGUGGAGACGCGGGCCGAGCGGCUCAGUCCGCAUCGGAACAGGCCUCCGUGGCGCUAACCCUCGCUUUGACCCACGGCCCAUCCCGCCCAGGCGGGCGAGCGCUGGUUACCCAGGCCCAGGCCGCCUCGCGCGGCUCGGUGUCAAACCGCCCGUAGUAAUUCUGACAGUUGAAUCAUUUCAAGUGGAAAACUUUAAAGAAGUGGUACCCUGUGGUUCCAGCCUUGCGAUUGGGUUCCUUGGUCUAAGCCAAGUCAGAACUAGGAAACUGGUGGUUUCUGGAUAACUAGUGGCCUUAGAUUCCAGGCAGUUCUUGAAAUCAUGAAUCCCGUUUAUAGCCCUGGAUCUUCUGGGGUUCCCUAUGCAAAUGCCAAAGGAAUUGGUUAUCCAGCUGGUUUCCCCAUGGGCUAUGCAGCCGCAGCUCCUGCCUAUUCUCCUAACAUGUACCCUGGAGCGAAUCCUACCUUCCAAACAGGGGAAAUAUCUGGAGGUGGAGUUGCUGGGUGCUGUGGUUACACUCCUGGCACACCUUACAAAGUGUCCUGUUCCCCCACCAGCGGGGCCGUGCCGCCAUACUCUUCUUCCCCCAACCCCUACCAGACUGCCGUGUACCCCGUGCGAAGUGCCUAUCCCCAGCAGAGCCCUUACGCACAGCAAGGCACGUACUAUACACAGCCACUGUAUGCAGCACCUCCUCACGUCAUCCAUCACACCACGGUGGUGCAGCCCAAUGGCAUGCCGGCAACAGUGUACCCUGCUCCCAUCCCUCCUCCUAGAGGCAAUGGGGUCACCAUGGGCAUGGUUGCUGGAACCACGAUGGCCAUGUCAGCAGGUACCCUUCUGACUGCCCAUUCCCCAACUCCUGUUGCCCCUCACCCAGUCACUGUGCCCACGUAUCGGGCUCCAGGAACACCCACCUACAGCUAUGUGCCCCCUCAGUGGUGAUCACCCUGCAAAUAAAUGUUUGCGGAUGGAGCUGUGCAGUCACAUCAUUGAGGUUCCACAGCUGGUGCUGCAGGCCUUGUGCCUCCAACCAGGACUUUCUUCUUAAUGCUCUCACACUUAGCUAAAUACGACUGUCCCGGUCCAGCAGGUCCCAGCGCCGUUAGUCUCCAGCUAACUCCGUGGGUUGGUCUUAAAGCAAAUCCUGUUUUGUGGACUUGCCUGGCAAUUUUUUAGCUAACUGUAAUGAUAAAAAGGGAGUAUUAAUCUAUUCUGAAUCAUAUCUAGUUGAAUGCAUGUUUAAAAAAAAAACAAACACAAAAACAAAGCUUGCUCAAUCUACCUGCAGUGACUGAUGCAAAACCAUCUUAUGCAAAACCCAAAGGAAUGGAAACAUAUUUUACAACUGUUUCACUAAUGCACUGUUGUAUGCAAAGUCUUAAAGUUAUAAGUGUUAAAGUGAAUAUGUUCAUAGAGCAUACCUGAAAUACCUUAGGUGAUUCUUCAACCUUUUGGGGUUGAUGUAGGUUGCCGCUUCUGGAUGUGGACUUUAGUUUUCAGCGAUCUGUUUCUUUGGCACUGACUGCAUGGGAGGGAGCUGCAGGGAUGGGGAGAGAGUGGGCGGGCCACUGUGGUUUGGGAUUAGCCAAUUAGUGGGCAUCCCUUUCUUUCUGUGUAGGCUUGGCAGGGUCCAGGGAAAGGGGACAUGCUUCAAGACCAUCAUGGAAGAUUAGAGUUGUGUGGUCAGUAUAGUUAGGGGCAAAGGGGUUUUCUACAUAUCAGCAAAACAAUUUUCCUUGCCAUCUAAAUUUCCAUUACACUGUUCUCUUACAGAGAAGGAAGAUUUUUUGUAUAUCUUUAUUGAAAAAGUCCUGAGUAGAACUAAAUUGUCUUCCUAGGAUGGAAGAUAUGUGAAACACUUGGAUGAGGUAUUGCCUUCUGGUUUAUUUAGCUUAGAAAAUCAUUCCAAUCGCCCCCUUCCCCAGAAAUGUUUGAAGUCAGUUGAAAACUUAUAGGCAUUGGUCCCCACACCCUGCUCCCAAGGAAUGGCAAAGACUUCAGCUGUAUGUUAUAGAGAAAGUUGUAUAUUUAAGAAUGAUUUAAAGGGAACAAAACUUUAUUUAAAAUUCCUCAUGUUUCUUGUAGAGAGGCAAGGCUGUGGGUAUGUCUGAUAAUGUAGAAUCAUGUAGCUUGUCUUGGAGUAGUCCACCUGAUUGUGACCAGCUGGAGGAGAUUUAUAGGGUUGGUGUCCGUGGUCUGUGAGCCUCUUCUGCCAUCUCAUCUCUUCUUGGAGCUAAAGGCACUCAGCACCGAGUGAGUGUGGAUGGCAGAAAGGGCCCGGUAGCAGUGGAAUGAUUUGCCUGCCAGGAUCUAUUAUGGGAAGAUUUUUAGUUUAAAAUCUGAAUAUUGUACAUAAGAAAUCAUGAGGACCCCCCCCCCCCCUCCCCCAAAUGCCCAACUUCCAUCAGUAGGAGUGCAUGUCUGUUUUCAGUGAGGGUCAGAAGGGUGGAGGUAUGAAGACUUGCUCUUUUUCAGGGGUCUGUCAGGCAGAGAUGGAAGUUCAUCCUUUUCCCACCCCAUCCUUGUUUGGAAUGCUGUGGACUUUGAUUGAGAGAGGAUUCUGUGCUGCUUCUCAGGCAGCUAGGUCAGGGCUCUGGCACUCGGGUGGAGGUCACUGUUAGCGGUCAGCCUGGCUGGUAGGUGGAAUACCUGACCACUGAGCCUUUGGUAAUCUUAUUUUUUAUAGUGCGUACUCUUCAUUUUCUUUUUCCACAUUUAUUUUGUAAGAAGUUUAGGAAUAUUUUUGCAUGGAUCAUUGUAAACAGAAGAUUCCUUAUUCCUAAUGUCUAUUAACAUAGAAUGUUUACUGAUAAGUACUUUAAAUCGCUUUGUGAGCACUUAACUUGUGUGUGUGUGUGUGUGUGUGUGUGUGUGUGUGUGUGAGAGAGAGAGAGAGAGAGACAUGUACCCCAGGCACAUAAUUUGUGUCCAUUUCCACAAAUAUGUGUUGGUAAUUGUAUUGGUUUGCAAUAUCAGUAGGGUUUCAGGGACUUAACUGACAGAGAAGGCAGUUUUCCCAAAUUGAGUGGUAAUAUAUGAGUAGAACAAUAUUCAUAACUUUAGUGUAUGCUUUAACAAAGCCCCACACAAAAAUGGAAACAUGUACAUUCCCUGUGCCUAUAAGGGGCAGAGUCAUAUGCAUUCUGGAGGAAGUCCUAAGAAGUUACAUGAACUAUCUCCAGACCUGUGUGAGGCCGGCAAACACAGGGUGUUUCCACAAGCAGUAAGGUGAAGGGUAAAGAAAAGUGGGUUGCAUCCCCUUCCCCUGUGUACAUCAGCUUAAUAAACAUUUUGCUUCUCUAAAAUUAUUUUAAAAUCUUUUUUUCCCUUUUGUGAAGUUGAACUAAGAGACUAUCAGAUACUUUGGCAUUAUAUAUCUAGUAGAAAUCUUUCCCAUUUUGACACUAUCAUUUCAUCAGUUUAUGAAAUAUGUUGUUAAAGAGAGUUUAUCUGUCAGAUAAGAAUCUGAAUUUGAGUAGUACCAAAACUGUCAUAGGUUGUAAUUUUUAAAACAUUCAGUUCUAGUAAAAUUAAUUAAGGGCUAGAACCUGGGUCAGUAUUCUGUUACAGAGCUGUAUAAUUUGUUAUCGCAAGCAUAUUGUGGAACAUUCCCUGAAAUUUUGCUUUUUGUGUAUGUGACAUUCCUUAUUUGAGUGUUCUUCAGCUGAAUUAUUGUUCUUUUUUAGUAACUGAAACAGGCAAACAAAGGACCUAAUUCCUGUAAACAUGGAUGUCAUUAUGAAUAUAAAAAAAUGUUUAUUCUUUUCUCCCCUGAGGUGUGGAAGAUGUGUUCAUCAGCUUUGUAGCUGCUGUUCCUCUCUGCUCAUAGAAAUCUAGUUUGGAUGUGGUCUGGAAGCUGAGUGUUUAGAGUUGAGUUAUCUAUGAGCUUCUUGAUUCUGAGGUGAGGACACCUUUGGGGCCCGAGCCAAUCAUGGUAACAGGCACAUAAGCUCUUCCAGAACCUUUUAUGUCUCUUGUGGUCCAUCUUUCAAGAACAUUCUUGAUGAUGUGGUUAUUAGGCCUAUGAAUUGCUAUUGGGUGACAUUUCUUGUGUGCUAUGCAAAUGUAGUAUUCAUAGGAGGUAGAGAGGUCCCCAGCCCUGAGCUGGGUCCCUGGCCUCUAGAGUGUCCUGCCCUUCCCCAGCAAGGCAUCUAUGCUUUGCUUCAUCUGGUAGCUUUAUCCUGCUGUGACAGAGGAGGUCUAGGAAGUAAUUUGCAUGUUUAUUGGGGGACAUGUCAGUGAUAGGAAAUACAUUGGAAUGCCCUGGCAUCUGGCAGUGUUGUCCCAACGUGGGCUUCGUGUACCCAUGGGCUUCAUGUGCCAUUGGGGAGUGGUAAAAAGCUGCCAUGCACCAGCUGUGUAAAUAUUGGAACUCCUUUACAGAGGGAGCUCAAAUGUCACCUCUCCUUUACGAACAUUUGAAAACAGUAUUACUCUGAUUAGUUGGGCCACCUUUUUAUCCGGCAGCAUUCGCUGCUCUAGCUGUUGUUGGCCUAGCACUGCCCACACAGCCUAGGGUCUCUCAUGGGUGCAGUGGCAGGAGGGACAGCAGCUGGUCCUUCUCUCUGGUGCUUUCUAAAAGGAUCUCUAAAGUUUAGGAGUGAGGUUGGCUUCAGGGAGAGCAGAGUUCAGCUCUUCUGCCUAGCACAUCUCCCAGGUUUAUGUCUGUUUUCUCUGAGCUGCUUACUCCACCUGAGCUUACUGAAGGGUGGCUGACCUUCAGAUACACUGCAAAUGACACUCUGAGGUGGAUGUGGCUUUGGUGGAAACUGCAAAGUUGGUCUUGCAUGGUUUAGAGGGUUUGUCUCUUUUCCCCACUCCCAAUCAUUUGAAAAAUGAAAAACAUAUAGGAUAAGCAGGAUUAAAUAAAGUGUAGUCAGUUGGGACCGGGAGAAGAGUGACAUCUCUGUCAGGGAGUCCUGAUAUACUUCAGGCAGGGUGAGAUGUCCCAGAGUGGUGCAGCAGGCAGCUCCUUGGCUAGGGUGGCACUAUGGGUUCUGGUGCAGAGCGGUGGGCCGUAGAAUAAACUAGUUGGGCCAGAUCUGAGACUGCUCUUAACAGGGUUGCUGUGAUGACCACUUGAAGGAAAGGCCCCAAGGAGGCUCAUGGACUGUAACUGAAUAGGAAACUGUCCCGCACCCCCUUUUUUUUAAAUGAUUUUUAAAUACUGUUUUUUACACUGUUCUCUUGGUACUUUUUUUAAGCUUAAGUCAGCAUUGUCUUCCAGUGUUAAGGCAUCCCUCGCCUCUGCAUUGAACUUACGUGUCAAUAAAAAGGAAUGGACCAUCCAUUCUGAGCCAGUUCAAUUAGGUGUAAAUUCAUACUAUUUUAAUUUUUUAUGCAAUCUGAUGAGUAGAUGAGCUCAGAUUUAAAAUUCUUAAAGCACGUUUAUUGUAACAAGAAUUGUUAUGUAUUAAUACUGCAGUUUUCAAUAAAGAUUGACUUGUGUUGCAUA